CAAAUAGUAGACAUAAUGUAAUCUAUAUACAGUAGAUAUAGAUGUUUAUAUACUUACAGCUGAGGUCAGAUACCUUUCUUCUGUGUCACAUGAUCUAGAUAUAAACUUAAUAUUUUAAUUAAGGUUCUAAAAAUUUUUUUUGCCUUUAUUUAAUUUGAUUUAAACUUAUUUAAAAAGUUGGGAUCUGCCAUUUAAAGAGAAAAAUAAACCUCUAUAAUGCAUAUAAUACAGAUUAUCAAGCAAAAUGUUCAAUAUUAUGAAUAUAUUUUUUAGCUAGCACAACAUUGAUGGCAAUGGAUCUUUUUCCUUUUCUGUAAUAAAAUUAAAAACAAAGUACUCCCCUAUCUGUUCUCCCUUCAGGCUAUAAAAUAAGCUCUCUUUAUACAAGUUGUGUUGUGUGUAACUUUACCCAUACACAGCAGUGAUAGAUCAGAUCAUUUUACUGUCUUGAUUUGAUGACUUUGGUUUUCAUUCAGCAAAAUGAAAUAGCCUAAUCUUUAAGUCAUUUCCUUCGUUUGAGCUGAGUUAAAAUGUCAUUUUUCAAUAGUUCAUUUCUCUGAACAUGCCCACAUACACAAUCUUUGAUCAUAUUCUGAAUUAGCAAGUCAUUAUAAUGCAGUCAAAGAUAAAUUAUGACCAAAGCAAUAAAUGAACUGUUCACAAGUGACCCAUCACUAUCACAGAGUGUUUCACAUCCUCAGCAUACCACAGAGAUAUUAGAGAAAAGAUACAGGUAAAAGAAAAAAAUAUUUAAUUUCAGUCAUGUUCACAUAUAGUUAUAAAUAAUAAUCCAAUUGUCCAGUGUAUACAAUAUUAGACGUUUGUUUUUAAAUAACAUAUGAAACGGUCAUGAAUAUACAAUCUUUGCAGAGUCCACUAUCAGAGAUGUAGGCAACAAAAUAAUGUAAAAUAAAUGGUUUAGAAUUGCUUUUAUAAAUUGAGCAUGCAUGUUAAUAUUACAGAUAAAUUAAUUUGAUUAAAGUUGAUUUGUGUUAGAUCCAUCUGUAAGAGUAUGCAGAUUUUUUUGUUAUCAAUUUGUUUUGUGUUAUGAUGCAGAAAAGUGCCUAUAUCAAAAGUGUGUUGUGUCAUCACUGCUCAUUAUCACACUACAAUACAAGAUUGCUUAAUAAUAAUAAAUGAACAAUAAAUGAACUUGAAAAUCAUUUUAGUUCACAUGUAGAGAUUCCAGAGUAAUAUGUUCACCCAAAAAUGAAAAUUCUGUCACCAUUUACUCACCCUCAUGUUGUUCUAAACCUGUGUGAGUUUCUUUCUUCUGUUGAACAUAAAAGAAGAUAUUUUGAAGAAUUUUGGUAACUAAACUGUUUUGGUUCCCAUUCACUUUAAUUGUAUUGAUGAAAAAACUAUGAGACGUUUCUCAAAAUAUCUUCUUUUACGACAUGAGGGUGAGUAAAUGAGUUCACUUUCAUUUUUAGGUGAACUAUACCUUUAACAUCAAUGUUAAAUUGUGACCCCUAGUAGCACAAAUGCCCUCUAAUAGUACAAGUGACCCCAGACAGUUAACCGCUACUGCUUAUAUUUUGUUGUUUUCGAAGGGCAGCUGCAUGAGUGUGUCUAUAUUUGUACUUAAUCCUUAUAAGAUGAUAAUGUGAAAUCUAAAAUAUCAUAUAUCCCUUUGAGGAGAUGAGCUCAUCCUCAUGGGUAAACUCCUUAGAAUUUUUACAGCACUUUCCCCUUUUACAGAACCCCUAUCUUGUUUCCCGUCUCAAGGACACUCCGGGUUCUAUUGGUAUAAAUCAUUUGAUCCCUUGUUGAAUGGACAUGAAGUACUAUGAGAAUAACAAGAGAUAAGUCAAGAUGGAAAAUUGGCAGAGAUAAUGUUGCCCUCUUUACACCAUAAAAAUACAAACUGUAAAAACUAUUGUGUUUAAACACUAGAUAGCAAACUGGAAAUGCUAAUUUGUCUUACAUAGCUGUCUUCUAUCUGAGAUGAAGAUGAAGAAAUGAAAUCCUUACAAAUGACAAGGAAUGUAUGCUAAAAUAAAUAUGAAAAUGGAUUAAGAGUCAGCAAUGGUGUCUUUUAAAGAACAUCAGAGAAAGAAUAAAAGGCUCAAUCAAAAAAGAAAAGAAAAUCACCUGUUUGGUUGAAAAAAUCAUAAACGUGCAAAAAUGAAUCAGCAUCUUACGGGCACUUUUACACCUUGUCUGUGUGCUAAUACAACUCAUUUCAAAAUCGAUAAUUUCAUGUCUUUUAUCAAAUGUAUGUUUGGAAGGAGUUUGGAACAGUAUACAAGUGACAUUUACAGGCUCACCUCAACUAAAGAGAGAAGCCCAACAGUGCCAACAAAACAUCAUGAAGACUGAUUUGAAACUGUUACACCAUUGCAGUGCUAUACAUUUUGUUACAGAGCAUCAAUGUUCUGACAUGACUAAUGAUAUUGUUCCGUGUGUUUUGUAUCAUUUUGAUCACACAAAUUGGAAUAUGCACAUUUACUAGGCUUCAGUACGUCUUUGAUAUAAGCAAAGUCUCCACACUGUUUUGAAAAAUAUUGGAACAGAUCUGCAAUACUCUGUUCAAAAUCACUUUAGAUUUAUCAUCAGAUAAAAAUAAUAUUCCAGAGAGAGAUGUGGAAUUGAGGGCAGUCCAAGCACCAAAUAGCACCAAAUAGAGAGAGACCGUUUAGCUGACUAAGCACGUCGUGCUUUAUAAAACAAGAAGUCGAGUGUGAAUCCAUUUACUGGGGCUGACUUCAAGUAGGUGAGUCAAACUUAAAACACUGAUAAAAUUCAAGAUAGACUGCAUGCAAAAAUACUUAAAGUUUGUUAAAGUAAAUUGCAUCCAUUCUUUGUGCAUAAAUGAAAGCUGAAUGUCUUUUUUUAUUUUUAGAUUGUUCAUAUAAUUUGGCCAGCUUUUACUCACUGGAAAGGAGUAAAGUGCCACCAUGAGUGGGAACGUGGAACUGGAGUGCUUUGGCCCGGCGGCCAUUUUCCUCCGUAAGCCAGAGAGAGAAAGAAUUGAGGCUCAGAACACACCAUUUGAUGCAAAGACAGCUUAUUUUGUGACGGAACCUCAGGAGAUGUACCUCAAAGGGGUGCUAAUGAGCAAAGAGGGUGGCAAAGCCACUGUCAAAACUCUGUGUGGCAAAACCAUCACAGUGAAGGAGGAUGAAAUUCACCCAAUGAAUCCCCCCAAGUUUGAUAAGAUCGAGGACAUGGCCAUGAUGACCCACCUCAGUGAACCCACUGUGCUGUACAACCUCAAAGAGCGUUAUGCAGCAUGGAUGAUCUACACCUACUCUGGGUUGUUCUGUGUAACUGUGAACCCCUACAAGUGGCUCCCAGUGUACGAUUCUGUUGUUGUGUCAGGCUACAGGGGCAAAAAAAGAGUUGAAGCUCCACCUCACAUCUUCUCCAUCUCUGACAAUGCCUAUCAGUUCAUGCUCACUGAUCGUGACAAUCAAUCGAUCUUGAUCACUGGAGAAUCCGGUGCAGGAAAGACUGUGAACACCAAACGCGUCAUCCAGUACUUUGCAACAAUUGCUGUAUCUGGUCAGAAGAAGGUAGAGCCUGGAAAAAUGCAGGGGUCACUGGAGGAUCAAAUCAUUGCAGCCAACCCCUUGCUGGAAGCCUAUGGAAAUGCCAAGACUGUGAGGAAUGACAACUCUUCCCGCUUUGGUAAAUUUAUCCGAAUUCAUUUUGCCACCACUGGAAAACUGGCCUCGGCUGAUAUUGAAACUUAUCUGCUGGAAAAGUCCAGGGUAACUUACCAGUUGUCUGCUGAGAGAAGCUACCACAUCUUCUACCAGCUCUGCACUGGCCAUAAGCCAGAAGUGCUGGAGGCUCUUCUGAUCACCACUAACCCAUAUGACUAUUCCAUGAUCAGUCAUGGUGAAAUCACAGUCAAGAGCAUCGAUGAUGUGGAGGAGUUCGUUGCAACUGAUACAGCCAUUGAUAUUCUGGGCUUCACUGCUGAGGAGAAAAUGGGCAUCUACAAGCUGACAGGAGCUGUGAUGCAUCAUGGGAACAUGAAGUUCAAGCAGAAGCAGAGGGAGGAGCAGGCCGAGCCUGAUGGAAAUGAGGUGGCUGAUAAAAUCGCUUACCUCAUGGGACUGAACUCUGCUGACAUGCUGAAAGCUUUGUGUUUUCCCAGAGUGAAGGUCGGGAAUGAAUAUGUGACCAAAGGUCAAACUGUUCCUCAGGUGUAUAAUGCAGCCAUGGCUCUGUGCAAGUCAGUCUAUGAGAAAAUGUUCUUGUGGAUGGUUGUCCGAAUCAACGAGAUGCUGGACACCAGGCAGGCAAGACAGUUCUUCAUCGGAGUGCUUGACAUUGCUGGGUUCGAAAUCUUUGAUUUCAACAGCCUGGAGCAGCUGUGCAUUAAUUUCACCAAUGAGAAACUGCAACAGUUUUUCAACCACCACAUGUUUGUGCUGGAACAAGAGGAAUACAAGAAAGAAGGUAUUGAGUGGGAGUUCAUUGACUUCGGUAUGGACUUGGCUGCCUGCAUUGAGCUUAUUGAGAAGCCAAUGGGUAUUUUCUCCAUCCUUGAGGAGGAGUGUAUGUUCCCCAAAGCAACAGACAUGACCUUCAAGAACAAGCUGCAUGACCAGCAUCUUGGUAAAACUCCAUCCUUCCAGAAGCCCAAACCGGCCAAAGGCAAAGCUGAGGCCCACUUCUCCUUGAUGCACUAUGCUGGAACUGUGGAUUACAACAUCACAGGCUGGCUGGAUAAGAACAAGGACCCUCUAAAUGACUCUGUGGUUCAGUUGUACCAGAAGUCUUCAAUGAAACUUCUGGCUCAUCUGUAUGCUGCUCAUGCUUCUACUGAAGAGGCAGCAGGCAAAAAGGCUGCCAAGAAAAAGGGUGGUUCCUUUCAGACAGUGUCUGCUGUGUUUAGAGAGAACUUGGGCAAGCUGAUGACCAAUUUGAGGAGCACACAUCCCCAUUUUGUGCGCUGCCUGAUUCCAAAUGAAUCAAAAACACCUGGUCUUAUGGAGAACUUUCUGGUCAUCCACCAGUUGCGCUGUAACGGUGUACUGGAAGGAAUCAGAAUUUGCAGAAAGGGUUUCCCAAGCAGAAUCCUCUAUGGUGACUUUAAGCAAAGAUACAAAGUACUGAAUGCUAGUGUCAUCCCUGAGGGUCAGUUCAUUGACAAUAAGAAGGCUUCAGAGAAGCUUCUUGGCUCUAUUGAUGUGGAUCAUACCCAGUAUAAGUUUGGACACACCAAGGUGUUCUUCAAAGCUGGUCUGCUGGGUACCCUUGAGGAGAUGCGAGAUGAAAAAUUAGCUGCGCUGGUUACCAUGACGCAGGCUCUUUGUCGCGGAUUUGUUAUGAGGAAAGAGUUUGUCAAAAUGAUGGAGAGAAGAGAGGCCAUCUACAGCAUCCAGUACAACAUCCGCUCAUUCAUGAAUGUGAAACACUGGCCAUGGAUGAAGCUGUAUUUUAAGAUCAAGCCUCUGCUGAAGAGUGCAGAGACUGAGAAGGAAAUGGCAGCCAUGAAAGAGAAUUUUGAAAAAAUGAAGGAGGAUCUAGCAAAGGCACUUGCCAAGAAGAAGGAGCUGGAGGAGAAAAUGGUUUCUCUGCUGCAGGAGAAAAAUGACCUGCAGUUACAAGUGGCAUCUGAAUCAGAAAACCUAUCUGAUGCUGAGGAGAGAUGUGAAGGACUCAUCAAAAGCAAGAUCCAGUUUGAGGCAAAACUGAAAGAGACAACUGAAAGAUUAGAGGAUGAGGAAGAAAUCAAUGCUGAACUGACAGCUAAGAAGAGAAAACUAGAGGACGAGUGCUCUGAGCUGAAGAGAGACAUUGAUGACUUAGAGCUUACCUUGGCCAAAGUGGAGAAGGAGAAACAUGCCACUGAAAACAAGGUGAAAAAUCUUACAGAGGAGAUGACUUCACUGGAUGAAAGCAUUGCAAAGUUAACCAAAGAGAAGAAAGCCCUUCAAGAGGCGCAUCAGCAAACUUUGGAUGAUCUGCAGGCAGAAGAGGACAAAGUCAAUAGUCUGACAAAAGCUAAAUCCAAACUUGAGCAACAAGUGGAUGAUCUGGAAGGUUCUCUGGAGCAAGAAAAGAAACUCCGUAUGGACCUUGAGAGAGCCAAGAGAAAGCUUGAGGGUGACCUGAAACUAGCCCAAGAAUCCAUUAUGGAUCUGGAAAAUGACAAGCAACAAUCAGAUGAGAAGAUGAAGAAGAAGGACUUUGAGAUAAGCCAAUUUCUAAGCAAGAUUGAGGAUGAACAGUCUAUUAGUGUUCAACAUCAAAAGAAGAUCAAGGAACUCCAGGCCCGCAUUGAGGAGCUGGAGGAAGAAAUCGAGGCAGAACGUGCCGCUCGUGCUAAGGUUGAGAAGCAGCGAUCUGAUCUCGCCAGGGAACUUGAGGAGAUCAGUGAGAGGCUUGAAGAAGCAGGUGGUGCCACUUCUGUCCAGAUUGAGAUGAGCAAGAAACGUGAGGCUGAAUUCCAGAAACUACGCCGUGAUCUGGAGGAGUCCACCUUGCAACAUGAAGCAACGGCUGCGGCACUCCGCAAAAAGCAGGCUGACACUGUGGCAGAGCUGGGAGAGCAGAUCGACAACCUCCAGCGUGUGAAACAGAAGCUAGAAAAAGAGAAAAGCGAAUACAAAAUGGAGAUUGAUGAUCUGUCAACCAAUAUGGAGGCUGUUGCCAAAUCAAAGGGUAACUUGGAGAAGAUGUGCCGUACUCUUGAAGAUCAACUGAGUGAACUUAAGUCCAAAAAUGAUGAAGCAAUCCGUCAACUAAAUGAUAUAAGUACACAAAGAGCAAGACUAGCAACUGAGAAUGGUGAAUUCAGCCGUCUGCUAGAGGAAAAAGAGGCUCUUGUUUCUCAAUUGACUCGAGGCAAGCAAGCUUUCACUCAGCAGAUUGAAGAGUUUAAGAGGCACAUUGAGGAAGAAAUCAAGGCAAAGAAUGCCCUGGCACAUGCUGUGCAGUCAGCACGACAUGACUGUGAUCUGCUCAGAGAGCAGUACGAGGAGGAACAAGAGGCCAAAUCUGAGCUUCAGCGCAGCAUGUCAAAGGCCAACAGUGAGGUAGCUCAGUGGAGAGCCAAAUAUGAGACUGAUGCCAUUCAGCGUACCGAAGAGCUUGAGGAGGCAAAGAAAAAGCUUGCUCAGCGUUUGCAGGACGCUGAAGAGUCCUUUGAGGCUGUGAACUCAAAGUGCGCUUCUCUGGAGAAAACCAAACAGCGACUGCAGGCUGAAGUUGAAGAUCUCAUGACUGAUGUAGAGAGAGCUAAUGCUGUUGCUGCCAAUCUUGACAAGAAACAACGGAACUUCGACAAGGUUCUGGCCGAGUGGAAGCAAAAGUAUGAGGAAAGCCAAGCAGAACUGGAAGGAGCUCUGAAAGAGGCCCGUUCUCUUAGUACAGAGCUUUUUAAGAUGAAGAACUCCUAUGAAGAAGCCCUGGAUCAUCUGGAGACCCUCAAGAGGGAGAACAAAAACCUUCAGCAGGAAAUCUCUGACUUGACUGAACAAAUUGGUGAAAGUGGUAAGACCAUUCAUGAGCUGGACAAAGCCAAGAAGGCAGUUGAAACAGAGAAAAUAGAAAUCCAGACUGCUCUCGAGGAAGCUGAGGGAACCCUGGAACAUGAAGAAUCUAAGAUUGUUCGUAUCCAGCUUGAGCUAAGCCAAGUGAAAGGGGAGAUUGAUCGUAAGUUGGCUGAGAAAGAUGAGGAGAUUGAACAGAUAAAAAGGAAUAGCCAAAGAGUGAUUGAAUCCAUACAGAGUACUCUAGACUCUGAGAUCAGGAGCAGAAAUGAAGCCCUAAGAGUCAAGAAGAAGAUGGAAGGAGACCUCAAUGAGAUGGAGAUUCAGCUGAGCCAUGCAAAUCGCCAGGCUGCUGAAGCUCAGAAACAGCUCAGGAACGUUCAGGGACAAUUCAAGGAUGCCCAACUGCACCUUGAUGAUGCUCUGAGGGUUCAAGAGGACAUGAGAGAGCAGGUUGCUAUGGUUGAACGCAGGAACAACCUGAUGCAGGCUGAGAUUGAGGAACUGAGAGUUGCUCUGGAGCAGACUGAGAGAGGCCGCAAAGUGGCCGAGCAGGAACUGGUGGAUUCCAGUGAGCGUGUGGUACUUUUGCACUCCCAGAACACCAGUCUCAUCAACACCAAGAAGAAGCUUGAGGCAGAUUUCAUUCAAGUCCAAGGUGAAGUGGAUGAUGCUAUUCAGGAGUCAAGAAAUGCAGAGGAGAAGGCUAAGAAAGCUAUCACUGAUGCCGCCAUGAUGGCAGAGGAGCUGAAGAAAGAGCAGGACACGAAUGCUCAUCUUGAGAGAAUGAAGAAGAACCUGGAGGUUACAGUCAAAGACAUGCAACACCGUUUGGAUGAGGCUGAGAGUCUGGCCUUGAAGGGUGGAAAGAAGCAGAUCCAGAAACUGGAAGCUAGGGUUCGUGAGCUGGAAAGCGAGGUUGAGGCUGAGCAAAGAAGAGGUGCCGAAGCCAUUAAAGGAGUUCGGAAGUAUGAGAGAAGAGUUAAGGAAUUCACUUACCAGUCUGAAGAAGAUAAGAAGAAUAUUAUCAGACUGCAGGACCUGGUGGACAAACUGCAGAUCAAAGUGAAGUCAUAUAAGAGACAAGCAGAGGAAGCUGAGGAACAGGCCACCACUCACCUGUCCAGGUACAGGAAGGUGCAGAAUGAGAUGGAGGAAGCUCAGGAGAGGGCUGACAUCGCUGAGUCCCAGGUCAAUAAGCUCCGGGCAAAGAGUCGUGAGGCUGGAAAGGGAAAAGAGGUUGCAGAGUGAAUAUCACCCUUCAAGAAGAGACAGCAAUGAACAAGCAUAUAAUAUGAGUUUGUGCUGUGUCUGAAUCAUGCGGUCAAUAAAGUUGCCCACUAAACAAUAA